AUGUGGCGGCCACCUCCCCGGGGUCCUGCUGAACAUCUACUCUUUCAGGCCCCAGGGCCUCCCCUUCCUUUCGGACCGCGAGGAGAACAGCACACCAUUGCCAGCCGCUUGUUGACGGCUGUGAAGGGGUCCCUUCUCCAGAGGGGGGUCCUUCUGGGGCUGCUGAAGCCAAGAGUCACUAAGGGCACCUGCCGCCUCCUCUGCCCCAGGGCGCCUCUGACCUCGCGGCUGCCCGCAGCCCUCCAACCCGCCCCGCGCCCGAGCCAGUACCACACGAGCCUUGUGCGUCCCGGCCCCGCCGUCAGCCCCGGCGCCCGCCCUGCCUGCCGACCUCCCUGGGGCGGAGGACUCGGGGCCCGCGGGGGUCGGCGCAGGGCGGAAGGCGGGAACGCCGCGGCCGGAGGCGCAGUGAGGGCGGCGGCCACAGGGCGGCAGCACCACCGCUGCUGCUCCGACCCCUGCGCCUGGGUGAGAUCGGUGGGAGCCCCGGGCGCGCCUCCUCAGCCCCUUAGCUGCCGCGCAGGUCCCCGCGGGCCGGGCCGGGCCGGGCGGGGCCUCCGGCGAGGUCCUUGCUGCGUCGGGGCCGCCUCCCCACCCGCCGGGCGCACUGGAGCCCCACGCGCGGCGGCGUCUGGUGGGCGGGGCGGGGUCCCUGGAAUGAGCCGCGCAUCCCGGGCGCGACCCGAGCGCUGGGGCGAGUGGGUGCGCGGCACUGCGGGCUGGGAGCGCCCCUCGACUCGGCCCUCGCCCCUCGCGGCCCCGGCGCUUUCCGGGUGCGCCCGCGCCCCGCCCCCACCGUCCCCGCCCUGUGCGCGGGGGCCCAGAGUGGCCCGGCCGGCGUUGAAUGCAGAGAUGGGGCUUUGUGAGCGGCCGUCCCCCGCGCGCGCCCCCCGCGGCCCUCCCUCUCCCCCCGCGCGCCCCCCGCGGCCCGGCCCCUCCCCCGUGCGUACCCCGCAGCCCGGCCCCUCCCCCCGCACCCCGGGCCCGGCCCCCGCCCUCAUUAGCAUAGCAGCUGCUCGCCGAGCCGGACGGCGCGGAGGAGAGGGCAGAGGCCUCGGGAAUGAAUGGGGGCCGGGGCUUUGGAGGCGAGAGAAGAAAGACCGACAGACGGACGCGCGGAGAACGGUCGGAAGGACGGCCCCGCAGAAGAAUGCGCCGGACGGGCUUGGGGGGCUUCCCGCGGGGGGCGGGGCGGCUCCGGGCGAUGGAGCCGGAGUGUGCGGGGUUGGGCCCAGGGACCCGGCGCCCCGAGGGUUUGCACCGGAGGAAGGAGCAGUUGCAGAGGUUCCAAGACGGGCCACGGUCCCCUCCCGUGGCCUGCGCCCUCGCAUCCCGGCCUGGGGUUCUUUCCCCAGCUGUCCCCGGCGCGGGCCUCCUUUCCCGUUCUUCAAGGCCCUGGUGGACGCUGCCUUCUCCCCGCGGGCCAAGCGAGCUUCAGGAGCAUCUGCCUUCCGGAGCCCGGGUCAGAUCAGAGACAGACAGUUGGACGGGAGCCCAGCAGUCCUGACGGGGCUAUGCCAGGCAAGGAAGCUCAGCGACCCUGGCCAUGGCCAUCUGGGCUGGUCAGUGCACACAGCGGCACCUGGGGAGGAAGCAGAUGCCCCCCAAGGCUCCACCCUCCCAGCCCUCCUCUCAGCUUCCCACCGGGCUGCCUGGCCAGGCUUCCUUUUGUUCCUGCUGGAGAGAAAAGCAGCACAAGGCCUUUCUCAGUCAAAUGUAUCUUUCAGAAGAGAGAAUUUAUGAGAGUACCUUUCCAGGAUCCUGUGCCUGGGAGGCCCCCGGUGCCAGGCCACGCCUCUCCACGGUGGGAUAACUUCCCAGAUAUUGCAGGGGUAGCAACUGGCUGGGACCCCACCCACCUGCAGGCUAGUGCCAAGAACAUAUGUUACCUUGGUUUUAAUCAGACCUGGGGGGGGGGAAGGGUGGCGUGGUCCAGCAUACCCCUGGGCCGCCCUGGUGAUGCCCAGGCCUGCCCUCAUUCUCUGGAUACCCCAAUUGUGUCAAGGUUCUGUGGCCACUCUCCUUUCCAGCGGCUGGGCACCCCCGAGCUGGCCUAGGGCAAGACUUCCCAGAGCCUGCUUCAAGGAGCUGGCCCGUCUCCUGGGCCAAUUCCACAGGGUAGGAAAUGCAUAAGCAACGGAAAAUGGGCCUGGGUAAACCACGGGUAAACAGGGAGGCAGAUGCAGAGCAGGCACACGGAGGUGGGGUCUGUGGCAGGGGCCAAAACUCUGCAGGACAGUUAGGGAAGCAGAUAGCCCGGACCUCCGAAUGCACGAAAAGUGGUUACCUUGGAAUUCCGGGGCUUUGCUGUUGUCCAAGUUCUCUGCUGGCUGCUCUUGCUGGGGGCAUUGUCUCAGGAGUGGCCAAGAGUAUGCUCCUUUAGGUCAGGUGCUGGCAACAGUCACCCUGCUCUGCUCUCUCCUCUUGCCAAUGUGGGUGCUCAGCCCGACACUCAGGUCUACCUCAGGGUCCGUGCUCUUCAGGGUGCAGGACUCCAGGCCUGUGUGGGCUUCCAGAGCUCCUGAGGCCUCCAGGGGACUUUCUGCUUGUUAGGAGUGAGCAGCUACGGUAUUUCCCCCCAGUUUAGGAGAUAUCCCUUCUGUGCAGCAGGUACCCUCCAGCAUGACCCUCUGGGGGUCAGGGUGGGCAGGGCUUCAGGCCCAACUCUCCCCUCUUGGGGGGGUGGAGGUCUCAGCGGCUCUGCUGGGGAAGAGAGGAGAGGCUGACACCAAUUCUGGGCACUCUGGAGGAGCUGGGUCCUCAGGAGUCCUGUGUGUGGCCAGGCUGGGUUUGUCGGUUGCGUGGGGCUGGGAGCCAGCUGACUAGGCUCUGUCUUCAGGCUAAUACAAGCCAAGCACUGUGCAGACGACACCCACAAACUGUUGCAGCCUGACCCUCAUCC